UCCCGACUCCCGAGGUCUAAUUUUCCCUCUAACCAAACAGAAGUUAAGCUCCAUGGCCACGGGAAGCCUACCCAAUGCUUUUAUUUUCUUCUCCGUAAUUCUCUCUACGGUAGUAGGCAAGAAUGGGGUUGUCAAUUCAGCUAAGCACCCCGUAGUAGUGAGCACGUGGCCAUUCAAAGAAGCUGUUAGAGCUGCUUGGAGAGCUGUAGAUAGCGGCGAUUCUGCUGUUGAUGCUGUUGUGGAGGGUUGCUCUGCUUGUGAGCAACUUAGAUGUGACGGUACAGUGGGGCCUGGUGGAAGUCCUGAUGAGAAUGGAGAAACUACUAUUGAUGCCCUGGUCAUGAACGGGGUGACGAUGGAGGUUGGAGCUGUUGCUGCCAUGAGAUAUGUGAAAGACGGCAUCAGGGCUGCAAAAUUAGUGAUGCAACAUACAGAACACACAUUGCUUGUUGGCGAGCAGGCAUCCGUUUUUGCCAUUGCUAUGGGUCUUCCAGGACCUGAAAACCUUAGUUCACCAGAGUCGAUGGAGAAAUGGACUAUAUGGAAAGAGAAUCACUGCAAACCUAAUUUUUGGAAAAAUGUGGUGCCCGUCAAUGGUUGUGGCCCUUAUCAUCCAAAGGGCAUUAUGAAUGUCAUUGAAGAGGAAUGCUCCCAAAUUAACCCGAUUCCAAGAUCGUGUCUGAUUGGUCGUCAUAGCCAUGACACUAUAUCAAUGGCUGUCAUAGAUCGAAUGGGGCAUGUAGCCGUUGGUACAUCAACUAAUGGAGCUACGUACAAGAUCCCGGGCAGAGUAGGAGAUGGACCCAUUCCAGGAUCUUCAGCAUAUGCUGACAGUGAUGUUGGAGCUUGUGGUGCAACAGGCGAUGGCGACAUCAUGAUGCGCUUCCUUCCAUGUUAUCAAGUUGUGGAGAGUAUGAGUUCGAGGGAAGCUGCCGAAGAUGCAAUAUCACGAAUUGCCAGAAAAUUUCCAGACUUUGUGGGAGCUGUUUUUGCCAUCAAUAAGACUGGUGUGCAUGCUGGUGCUUGUCAUGGAUGGACAUUUCAGUAUUCUGUGAGAAGUUCCGAUAUGGAUGACGUGGAAGUUUUCACCGUUUUCCCCAAAAUCUGAAGUGUAUUAUUCGUCAUAAUUAUUGUAUUCUUAUGGAGAUCUAAUGCUCCCCUUUCAAUUUGUCUACAUUUUGAAGGAACUUACUGUUCUAAUGCAAAAGACUUGAGGGGAAAUUCUUCUCUA